AUGUUAUCCGAGAUUCUGGCCGUGUUCGUCGUUACACUUUGCUCAUCACUGUUUUUAUCCACAACAUACGUACACAGUCUCCCAAAAUCAUCAUCGACAACACAUCAUUAUAACCGUCUUCAUCCAUCUGCUGAUUCACGUUCUUCACUCAGGCUCUUACGUCGUCAUCCAAUACCGAGUAUUGAUUAUGAUUUAGGUGGUGAUAUUUCUCAAAUGUUGAUUGGCGAAAGUAACGAAUUAUCAUCGACAAUAAAUGACCAUGACGAUGGCUCAUCAUUCCUUGCCUCUUCUCUUGAUGCAAUUCAUGAGCCAUCGGAUUUUUAUCGGCAACCAUCCUCUUCGAAAUCAUCAUUGUCUAGAAAAUUAUUACUAUUAUUGAACCAACAACAUCAACAGAAACAAGAAGAAGAAGAUGAAGACGAAGAUGCAAAACAAAAUAAAAGAUCUUCAACAUCAUCAAACAAUACAUCAUCUUCAUUAUUGGCACAAUUUAAUCUGAAUUCGGCACUUGCCACAGGAGGACAUGUUGAUCCAUUGCAUACGAAUAACGAUCCAAAUCAUAGUCAGUCGAAUGAUGCGACACGUCUGUCACCUGGACUUAAGCUGCUGAUUGAAAAAAAUCCACUUGCGCGCAUUUGGAUUUCACUACUUAUACAAAAAUUAUUGGAAGAACAGCCGGUGCCAUAUAUUUUCAAGUAUGGUCGACGCCGCAAGAAAUAA